UCUGCGUCUCUCCGUCCGUAUAAUGGGUACCGAUACAGCUAUUGUGGUCGAGGGCACUAAAACGGUUGCUGCUCCAUCAACGACGCUCGAGUUCCAGGACAUUUGUUACCACGUUCGCCACAAGGAUGGUCAGAACAAGCAACUGCUCAACAGUGUAUCGGGGACGUUCCAAUCGGGGCGACUUGCCGGAAUAUUGGGCCCAUCCGGAGCUGGAAAAUCUACGCUUCUUAACAUUCUGAGUGGGUUCAAGACGAACAAUGUAUCCGGCAACAUACUCAUCAACGGUACACCGAUCGAUCGGCGAAAAUAUCGCCGAGAAGUUUCGUACACGCCACAGGAUGUGUGUCUGUUGGGCAACAUUACCGUCACGGAAAGUUUAGAGUUUGCAGCCGACCUGAAACUCUCACCGGACAUUACGAUGGUGCAGAAAUCCAGCAUGGUAGUGGAUGUGCUCAAGCUACUGGGACUGUCCAAAUGUGCCAACAAUCCAGUAGCAAACAUAUCCGGCGGCGAAAAGAAGCGUCUCUCGAUCGGACUGGAGUUGAUCUCCAAUCCGAAGAUCAUGUUCUUCGACGAGCCAACGAGCGGGCUGGACAUUAUAGCCGCAAUGCAGGUGGUGGCGCAUUUAAAGGAUCUAGCGGCGAGCGGUCGUUGUGUGAUCUGCGUCAUCCAUCAGCCAAGCUCGAGCAUCAUACAAAUGUUUGACGAUCUGUUUGUCCUGUCCGAAGGGCAUUGCCUGUACCGAGGACCCCUAAGCAACCUUGUGGACACGUUCAAGGGAUGUGGCUUUGAGUGUCCAAACUACUACAACCGUGCCGACUUUGCACUGGAAAUAGCGAGUCUUAAGCAUGAAGGGAACUUGCUGCAUUUAAGAGAACGCGCCAAACAGCAAUCGAUUAGUGUUGUGACAGAGAAAACGAUCCCGAAUGAGGUAGCAAACUGCGAUGAAAAGGAUGCAAUGCUGAAACCAGCUGUAGACGGAGAUUCGUUGAAUAGUUCGACUGAAAGCUCGAGCUCGCCUUGCGAUCGUCAAUAUCCAACUUCCGAAUGGGGACAGUUUGUGACCCUUACUCGGCGUACAAUGCUGUGCACGUUUCGUGAUCUUCAGCUAACAAAGAUGCGACUUUUGGCGCAUCUUUUUGUAGGACUGCUGAUCGCGGUUGUGUUCUACAAUGUCGGCAACGAUGGAUCGAAGGUGCUUAGUAAUGCGUCAUGUCUGUUCUUUUUCCUCAUAUUCGUGUUCUUUGCCAACUCGAUGCCUUUGGUAAUGACAUUUCCACUGGAAACAUCGGUAUUCGUCCGGGAGCGUAUGAACAAUUGGUACUCACUUAAGGCCUAUUACUUCUCAAAGUUGGUAGCAGACUUUCCGUUUCUGAUCCUAGGACCCUCUGUGUUCCUGGCCGGUGCAUACUACUUAACCUCACAACCGAUGGAACUCGAUCGUAUCGUAAUGCUGUGGAGCAUUUGCAUCUUCACGAGUUGGAUUGCACAAAUGACGGGACUGCUGGCAGGCAGCGUUCUACCACUAGAACUGAGUGUCUUCUGCGUACCAUGCUCUGUCAUUCCGAUGCUCAUCUUCUGCGGGUUUUUCGUACGUUUUCGCGAAAUGUUCGACUUCCUUAUUCCGUUCACGUACGUCGCCUACUUCCGGUACAGCUUCGAGGGAGCAAUGCAAGCGAUCUACGGGUUCGACAGGGCAAAUCUACCCUGCUCGGGAGAUUUCUGUUACUUUAGUAAGGUGCCUAAGUUUUUGGAGAGCUUCGACAUGCUGGAAAACACGUUCGUGAUGGACGUUUGUGGAUUGCUUGGAUGGGUGUUUGUGUUGCACGUGGCGCUGUACGCGAGUCUCGCCUGGAGAUUAAAGAGAACACGCUGA